AUGGACGACAGCGUCAAGGAGGGGGCAGGAAAGGCUCCAGCAAGAAGCGCGUCGGCGUCGGCAGGGGAGAGCGAGGGGCAGUCAAGGUUCAUCUGCCACAUUUGCUUGAACUCGCCGGACAAGCCCAUCGCGACAGUUUGCGGUCACUUGUACUGCUGGGGGUGCAUCUACAAGUGGCUGAUGCUUCAUCGAGACGACUCUCAGUGCCCCGUGUGCAAGGCCGGCAUCGAGAUCCCCGGCGGUGACGUCAGCAAAGCCAAAGUCAUCCCCCUCUACGUGGGCGAGACUUCUCAGACCGACCCAAGGAACUGCAUCCCUGAGGACCCGUCCAUCCCUCAACGACCGGCGGGGGAGCGUCCGGAGCCUCAGAGGAGCGGGUUCUUCCAGGGCUGGCAGGGCACCUUCACCCCGGGCAACGGCUACCCGCAGAUCGUCACUAACGUGGGCUUGUUUCCGUCGCUCUUCGGACUCGCUUUUGUCUGCGACUUGUGA